CACGCAAACAGAAAAAAUCCCCCGACCAAAAACCGAAUCAAACGCUCGCAGGCAGAGGCGAGAGGAGAGAGUAGAGAGGGGAAACCACCCAAAAAUAGCGAGAGGAGAGGCGGAGGAGGCGGCGGAGGAGGGGCCGCAGGAAUGGCGGCGAUGCAGAGCUGGCGCAAGGCGUACGGCGCGCUCAAGGACACCACCACCGUCAGCCUCGCCAACCUCAACUCCGACUUCAAGGAUCUGGAUGUGGCGAUCGUGAAGGCGACUAAUCACGUGGAGUGCCCGCCCAAGGAGCGCCACCUGCGCAAGAUUGUUGCGGCGACGUCCAUCGCUAGGCCUCGGGCAGACGUCGCGUAUUGUAUCCAUGCCCUUUCCCGCAGGCUUGCAAAAACACGCAAUUGGAUUGUAGCCUUGAAAACACUUGUAGUGAUCCAUAGACUUCUCCGAGAAGGUGAUCCUACUUUUCGAGAAGAGCUUCUUAAUUUUGCACAGAGGGGUCGGAUUUUGCAGCUCUCAAACUUCAAGGAUGACUCCAGUCCAAUUGCUUGGGACUGUUCUGCAUGGGUUCGCACAUAUGGUUUGUUUCUGGAGGAAAGAUUGGAAUGCUUCAGGGUCCUGAAGUAUGAUGUUGAAGCUGAACGCUUGUCCAAACAAGGUCAAGGUCCUGAGAAGGGGCACAGCAGAACCAGAGAAUUAGAGUCCCAGGACCUGUUAGAGCAGUUGCCAGCUUUGCAGCAGUUACUAUAUCGACUUGUCGGAUGUCGGCCAGAAGGAGCUGCGAAUAAUAACUACCUGGUGCAAUAUGCUCUAGCUUUGGUGCUAAAAGAGAGCUUCAAAAUAUAUUGUGCGGUAAACGAUGGAAUUAUUAACCUUGUUGAUAAGUUUUUUGAGAUGCCAAGGCAUGAAGCACUCAAAGCCCUAGAAAUUUACAGGAGGGCAGGUCAACAGGCUGGAAGCCUAUCUGAUUUCUAUGAAAAUUGCCGGGGUCUAGAACUUGCUAGGAACUUCCAGUUUCCCACUCUGAGGGAGCCGCCACAAACAUUUCUUGUCACAAUGGAAGAGUAUGUGAGGGAGGCUCCACGCAUGGUUCCAGUGCGAGAACCAUUGGAAUUACCCGAGAGGCUUCUUCUGACAUACAAACCUGAAGAACAAGAGGAAGUUCCUGUGCCUGAUCCUGUUGAAGAGGAAAAGCCACCGGUCGAAGAACCUGUUCCAGUACCGCCUGUUGCUGAAGCUGUUUCACCUCCUCCUCCCAAGACUGUGGUGGCAGAUACUGGUGAUCUACUGGGAUUAAAUGAUCCAAACCCUAGUGUAUCAGCAAUAGAAGAAAGCAAUGCUCUGGCUUUGGCCAUUGUUCCAACAGAUGCUGGUGCUUCAACAUCCAGCACCGCUACAUGGCAAGAUAAAGGAUUUGAUCCAACAGGGUGGGAACUCGCCCUAGUUACCACCCCAAGCAACACAAAUUCGUCUGUUGCAGAUAGUCAACUGGGUGGUGGAUUUGACAAGCUCAUCUUGGACAGCCUUUACGAUCAGGGAGAUUACAGACAGAGACAGCAACAGCCGUUGUAUGGUUCAUCAGCUCCCAACCCAUUCAUGUCAAAUGAUCCUUUCGCGAUGUCCAACCAAAUUGCUCCCCCACCAUCGGUUCAAAUGGCUGCCAUGUCUCAGCAGCAUCAGCAGAUACCAACUAUGAUGCAAGCAAAUCCCUUUGGACCUCCAAUGCAGCCACAGCAUGUGGGCAUGGGCCCUGCAACAAACCCUUUCUUAGAUUCUGGUUUUGGGCCAUUCCCAGUGGCAAACAACGGACAUCAGCAAGCCAACCCAUUUGGUGGCACCCAACUUCUGUAGUUUACAUAGAAGAGGAGCAUAUUGUGUCCAAGCAAAUGCGAUUUUCGUGUGAUUAUAUUAUGCAUUGUGCCUGGCCUUUCUUGUAUGUCACUCGUGUAAUUGAUUUUGUGUAUUGGCCUCUCCACACGGGGGCUGACAACCGACCCUUGUUGUAAAGAAAUUAGUGGCCCAUGUAGCAUCAGUAUAUGUCAACAAAUAGUAUGACAUUAUAAAACAAAAUGGAAGUGCGAUGGCUGGUUAAACAAUUCUUCUAAA